GACGCGAGGAAUGUUGUGUGUUUGAGGAACGGAGAAGUCAGAGUCCGAGGUUUCUGUUACAGUCAGAAGUUGAUCGGCACAUCUCAAACUUUCUGUGGACCUUACCUGCAUAUGUCUCCCGAGCGGUUACUUGGGUUAGAAUGCUCAUUUCCAUCAGAUGUGUGGAGCCUCGGCAUACUCGCUUACGAGCUUGCAACGGGAAAUUUGCCAGACAGCUAUGUGCAGAACUCUUGUGCAUCAAACAUCUUAAACUUCAAGAAUGUCGUCAUCAACCAACCCAGUCCUUCAAUCAAGGAGAACGCCAACAUAUCAAGUCAGUUUCGCCAUUUCGUGGAUUGUUGUUUGAAGAAGAACGCGCGCUCUCGUGCCACCAUCUCAGAGUUGCUCGCUCAUUCCUUUUGCAGUCGUCAAGACGCCUGGAUCACGACGGUGGGAGCUUGGGUACAGACAGGACAGGCUGCUCAUGGAAGGCCACACGAGAAGCGAGGCUCAGUUGUGACGCAGGGCUGACAUGGAGGAGAGGGAUCGAGAGGGGUGGAAAAAUGUAUUUACUCGAGAGCAGCUUGCCCUCCUGGUCUACCCGUAUUUGUCGGACUUGAGGCUUGACAUUCGCUUCUGGCUCGCCUCCAUCACUUUCUCCAAAUGCCCAGAGGCUGACCGAGUUUCCGGCGAGCUGUAGGAGGGUCGAAGCAGCUCCGACGUCGCUUGCCCUACUAGAUCGGUCCUGGCACCUGCGGCU